AUCAUAUAAGCGAGGAAGAAGCGGCUGAGAAACAAAAACUUCUCUUUCCGCUGUCCUGCCCGUUUCUGCAGCCUUGUUCCGAGGCCGAGGCACCUCCAAGGUAGCAAUGUCUCUCCAGAGGACCCAUUCAUUGCUUCUGCUCUUGCUGCUGACCCUGCUGGGGCUGGUGCUGGUACAGCCAUCCUAUGGCCAGGAUGACAUGUACCAACGAUUCCUGCGGCAACACGUGGACCCUGGGGUGAGAGAUGGCAGUGAUCGCUACUGCAACUUGAUGAUGCAAAGACGGAAGAUGACUCUCUAUCAGUGCAAGCCCUUCAACACCUUCAUCCAUGAAGACAUCUGGAACAUUCGUAGUAUCUGCAGCACCACCAGUAUCCAGUGCAAGAAUGGCAGGAUGAACUGCCAUGAGCGUGUAAUGAAGGUCACAGACUGCAGGGAGACAGGAAGUUCCAGGGCUCCCAAUUGUAGAUAUCGGGCCAUCGCCAGAACUAGGCGUAUUGUCGUUGCCUGUGACGGUAACCCAGAGGUGCCUGUGCACUUUGAUAGAUAGACGCCACCUGUCAGGGGUUAUGGCCCAGCAGUUGGCCUUUCACUUACUCCUUGAAUAGCAAUGAGUAAAGCAUUUGAGCUGUCCAGGCUCUGUCUCCUCUGCUUAUUUCUUAUUCUUUUUCUCUAUAUACCCAUUCUGUUAAAUAAAAUCACAGAGAAGUGGAGACAUAAACCUAUAAGAAGUCUGGGCUUUUCUAUAAUAAGCUUCCUUUUAUAAUACUAGUCAACUUAGCUCUCUCAAAUCCUUUCCUUUGGAAUUUAGUCAUUAUUUGUAUUUCUAUAGCAUUUCAAGCAAUUCAAAGUGCUUUCGUCUAAAUUUUUUCAUUUUAACGCCACAGUACCCCUGUAACGCUGCUGCUGAUAUUGUUAUAUAUACUAACCUGAAGUCAAGGGAUCUGCUAAAGACCAUGAAGUUAGUGGAUGUGCUGAGACAAAAAUCCAGUUUAACUGGCUACUAAUCUAGGGUAUUUUCCACUUCAUUACAAGGAGUAUUUUGAAACUAUCUUUUUUUUUGUUAUGCCCAAAACUCAGCUGUUGGGGGAAACAUUAAAAAUUUGGAAAUAUGUACUGGCAAAACAAGAGCUCUAUCUGUAUAAUUUGGCAAUUUUGUUGUGUUUGGAUCUAAUAAGAUCAAGAAAUGAUACAAGGAAUUUUCUUUUUCUCUUCUCAAACUGUUGAAUCACCCUCGUAAGUCAAAGUAUUAAAAAUAUACUAGAUCAUUAAGAAUCAUUCCCUCUUCCUGAAUGAAAGAUAUUUCAUGUUUUCCUUAUAGUAAAGGACUUAAACUGCACAUAUCUGAGAAAACUGUGCUAAGGUUCUUGUGUGGGGGAUUAUUUCUUUUUCUCCUAUUCUUUUUCGUUCUCCUAUCCUCUUUUAAUUCUUCUCUAGUUUAUAAACAUGCAUACACCUUAAUAUCCUCAUAAAUUCUGGUCCAAGACUAAUGCCCAUCAGAUCGAUGGACAUGACACAGAAAACUUUGUCUCAUUUACUCCAGAGGGAAUGAUUCCUCUCAAAGAUAAUUCUCACACCUUCCCUUCUCUCUUUGAAUAUUUACAAGCAAAUUGGACAACAGAGAUGUAUGAAGAUGCUAGCUGCUAAAGAAGGAAAGUGUGUGUGAAUGUUUGUGUGUGAUUAAACCAAAAACCUUUCAAUUACAGCAGAUAUCUAUUAUUUGUG